CGGUCGAGUAAAAUAAAAUAAAAGUCCAAAAGUAUAUUUUAUCUAUGUUGGCAGCUGUUUGGCCUUAUGCCUUUUGUCUUGUCAAAUCAAAAAGGCACAGGUUUUUUGGAUGGACAGGAUUUUGUGAUGUGUCCAAAUUCGAAAAUAUUUGUUUCUAUUGUGAUUUUGUAUUUCACAGUAAUAAUGUGAGUCUAACAUAUAUACUGGUUUAAUAUCAAAAUCAAUAAGUUAUUAGAAAAUGGUGAAUCUACACAUCCAAAGUAGUGUCUCUAAGAGAAAGUGUCUCCAGUAAAUAACGGGUCGAUAGAAAUAUGUCUGUCACUGAUUUGUCUGUAGGAUGUCGAUUUGCAGAUUAUUUUGCUAUAUGUGGACUUGACUUUGACUCAGGGUUAGAACCUGAUCGCCUUUGUGGUGAUAACUUACACGUUUCACCUCUCGAUCGCUCAUAUAAAGGAAAGAUAUUAGCUCAUUACCCAGACAAUAUUCAAAGCAACCCCUUUGAUGAACAUGCAGUGUGCAUGCUAUGUCUUCCAGCUGGUCUGCAGUUUAGGACACAGAAACAUUCCUUAGAGCCUAAGUUUCAUAGUUUUGUUGUUACAAGACAAAAUGCAUCAAGAUACUAUGGAUUUAGUCUUAUAUUUUAUGAGGAAGUGCGAAAUAGAAAUAUAUGCAGUGCCAUGCAUACAUUGCAGGCAAUGUAUAUCACAGAACUAUCAAGUGGGCAAACACCCCCAGGCUACAGGAAGGGAACUGGCAAAGAGAGCUCAAGAUCCCUACCAAGAUCUUUUAAACUUGCACCUCACAGUGGGGCAGCACUAACAUACUAUGAUAUAGCCAAAGACAAACUAUAUGUAGCCAAAAGUAUAGCCCUUAUAUGCCAGUAUCCUUAUGUAAGAGUUGCACAAUUGUUUUUAGAAAAUUUGUUUAGGUCCUUACCUCGCCAGCCUGGACCAGGUUUGAGUCCAGAGUCCUAUGUGUAUAAUUUACUUUAUGAAGUACCAGUCCCCCUGGCCGGUCAAGCAUUACGUCUAUAUGUACCACCUUCAGAACCUCAUCUCGAUCCCAUACCUGUUGUGAUCAGAAUGCCAAACCCACCUGAAGAGCUGCCAUUACUGGACUAUCCCUUACGUGUGAUGUUCCAAGUUCUAGGCGUCGAGUGUGUCGUGCAACUGUUUACAUGCGUGCUUCUCGAACAUCAAGUUUUACUAAGAUCAAGUGAUUACAACAAGCUUAUGCUGGUGGCUGAAUGCAUAGUAGCCCUUUUACUUCCGUUUACAUGGGCGCAUGUCUAUGUGCCUAUAUUGCCGGCACCCCUCUAUCACUUUCUUGACGCUCCGGUGCCAUUCGUCAUGGGUCUUCACGCUGACAGCGCCUUGACCGCUAACGGUCCUAGGAACAUCGCGCUUGGCUCUGAAGCGGCACUUUGCCUCGUGGAUAUAGACAAACCAGAAAUACAGUUGCCUGAAGAAUUGCCAAUUUACCCUCAUCGGACCCCGUUCAUAGAAGAACUAAAUCAUAUUUUGGAUAAACAUCAGAUCCAACGACCACAAACGGAACCAACGAAACUGGGCGUGCCAUUAAACGGAACGUCAUAUAAGAAUAUGAACGAUAGCAUGAGCAGUAGCUGUACAUUACCUUCCGGUGGCUUACGCCGCAAGCACUCUUUCCACGACGUCCUCGACUGGGAUGAGAGUAGACCGCUGAACUCGUCGCCGCCGCCCUCGCCGACGCGCCGUCCGCCCCUCAGGCUGGACGCGUUGCAGCGCAUCGUGGACAUCGUCACACGGACAGGUGUGAACAUAGAUGACGUGGAUGCGGACACCGUGAUGCCAACUAUGAAAAAACAGAUCCUCAACGACGAGGAACAAUACAACGAAGACAUACGGUUCAAUAUCGUAGUGCGAGAGACAUUCCUGAACCGAUUUGUGCACAUGUUCUUGAUGUAUGAAAACUUCGUCAUCAUGCCUGAUCAGGAUCGUGACUCGUGGUUGUCAUCGCGAGAGUCCAUGGUGAACUUCGAUAAGGCUUCGUUCUUGUCCGACCAACCGCAGCGGCACAGGCCGUUCCUAUCGCGAUUCCUCGAAACCCAGAUGUUCGCAACACUCAUUGACAACAAGAUAAUGGCCAACUGGGGCGAGUACGAUGCCAACCUACAAGUGUUCGAACAUCGCAUACAAGCUCUCAGGACGAACAGUUUAAAACGCAUUAAAAAUGCAAAGUGGCAAGUGAAAGACUGUCCACCCGAAUUACUUCUGGGAGAUAUUAGCAGAAAGUUAUCGACAGAGGUCACACCAGCAGCCAUCGCCCAAAACAAUAGAACUUUUGUCGAAAAAUUGCUAAAGGAAUGUAAAAGCAAAACGAAACGAAUGCUAGUCGAAAAAAUGGGCACGGAAGAAAGUGACUUAGGCUUAGGGUGUGAAGUGUCGAUAACUGGAGUCGAGGAGAGCACGAUGAUUGCUUCGCUCUGUGAUUUGUUAGAAAGAUUAUGGUCCCACGGAGUGCAGCACAAAAUGGGCAAGUCGGCUCUAUGGAUGCACCUGACUAAUUACCAGGAGUUGGAGCAGUGCAGCAACUCCACUAAACCCAUUGACCCCAACUAUUUGACACCAGAUUUAUCAUCUGUGGGCGCCGAAGUAGAAGUACAACAAAGCUCUAGCAAUAGCAGUAGGUCCCGCGAUAGUUCCCGAGGUGGGUCCCGGGAUAGCUCUCGAGAUCGGCUCAGUAACUCGGGGACUUUAGAACGCAAGUCGUCGCAGCCACCGAACCCGAUGAGACCACUACCUCAGAGCCUUACGUUUGAUAUGAGAAACGUACAAGCGAUGACAGAUAUAAAGACAGAAAUAGGUUACGCUCGCGCCUGGGUCCGUUUGUCCCUCGAGAAAAAGCUUCUAUCGAAACACCUCAGAGAGCUACUCGCUGACACCACACUGCUGCGUUCACAAUACAAACGCACGGCUUUCCUGCGCUGCGAAGAAGAGCGGGAACAGUUCCUUUACCAUUUGCUAACCCUAAACGCAGUUGACUAUUACUGCUUCACUAACACGUAUCCCACCACAAAACUACCCUAUCGAGUGCUCAUUGUGCCAUCGCGAAAAGCUAGCCAAACAACGGCCAACUGUUGGAUAUCUAUAUCGGGGACAAACAGAGAAUCCACACCCAAAAUACCCAUUCCGCGUAACACAAAUGAAUUUGUUUUUCAUCAUAAAAACUUGGGCAUUCUAUCGACGUUGCGAAUCGGUCACGAUAACACUGGAUUGUCGCCUCGGUGGUUGUUGGAUCAAGUUUAUGUUAGGAAUGAAGUUACCGGACACACAUACACAUUCCCCUGCAAUCGCUGGCUGGGCACGGGCGUAGACGACGGUUCGACUGAACGCUUAUUACUGGCGGCGCGCGCCCGCAGCGAACGAACGCCGCGCACUCCCGCCCCGCCGCCGCCCGCCACCCUACCGCCCACGCCCACAACUACCCAUCUCUCCACCUCCACCAUACAACACAUGAUCGGUGAUUGCGUGAACGCCAUUGUGAAAUGGCAUUAUCAAUCGAAAAGGGAAAAGGACGCUAACUCGCUUAGCGUACUCUUAUGUGGUGAGAACGGGCUAGUGAAGUGCCUGGAGCAAGCUUUCUUAUGCGGCUUUAAGUCUGCUCGUCUGUUCGGGAAGAAUCUCUUCAUUUGGGAUUAUUUUGCGCGUGUCAAGGAUGAAUUUAAAUUAAGUCUGUGUGACGAAUCUAACGGGCAAAACAACAAAAGCUGCGGUGUAGCAUACAACUGCCGGCAGGACCAAGAGCACCGCUCCAUAUGGCGAUGCUACUGCCAUCUGAUGGACGAGAUCAGCACCGUGGGUCGAACGCUCGGCAAGGACGGCAAAUUUCAACUUUUCAUCUGUCUCAGUUUACGUGAACAUUGGCUACAUAGAAUGUUGGUUCCAAUGUCUAUGACGCGAGUUACCACAGAAAUGUAUGAGGAGCAGAGUUUCCUGCGUAAGCGCGGUCUUCUUACAUUCCUUCGACAAAUACUUGAACCAUUGGACGAGUUCGAUAUUGUUCUGGAAAAUUCACUGACUCAAGGCAUUUAAAUGUUCUUCCUGUAUCACAUCCUUAUCGGGUCAAUACAAAAGCAAAGCAACAGCUGGAUGAAGCAGAAGAAUAAAAAAUAACACCGAAAUAUUUGGUUGUCGAUAAUUAAUCAAAUAGUUAAUGUUCCAAGAAUCUCAACCUACUGUGAAUUUCGGCAUUAAAUAAAUAAAUAAAUAGAAGUAUAAUGUAUGUGUGUGAAACCAACCAAAUAAAAGAUUUUAUUUAGCAUAUUUACUAUUAUAUAAAUUACAUAAUACGGUUCUGUAGCUUAAUUUGAUGGUUUAACCAGUCUUAGGUGAAGUUUGCCAGAUAGUUUCCAUCCUGUAAAAAAAAUAUUUAGAUUUUAAGGUUACUUUAAAUAAUACUCCUUAUUUACAGGGGAAAAAAAUAAACGUGGUGUGAAAAUAACAUACAGUUAUUUCCGUAAAUUAUUGUUUGAUGACAGUUUUGAUUGGAUUGUUUACUACACUGUUCUUUUUUGAUAUACAUAGUUUAGAUAAGUAAGUACCUACCUACCUAUAAGUAAAAUAUGACAUUUAAGUAUUGACCGACUAUCAUGAUGUAUCUUUGACAGUAGUCCAGUCGUAUACAGCAGUAAUCUAAAAACCCAGUGAAAGAAUAGAAAUUAAGUAUCAAUUGAAUGUUGUAAAAAUAUACCAAACACACUUAUGAAUUAUUGAUAUUAGCUAUCAGGGUCUGAUUUUUUGUACCUUUGUUAUUUUUAAGUUAGUAAUGUGAUUGUUAUCAUACAUACUUGUUUCUUGCCAGUUGAAACCCAAAGAUUAUUUUUUGACGUUGCCAGUGGCAUGUUUAUAUGUUUUUUUUUAACUUAUAGUGAUAUGUUUUAAUUGAAUCACCGAUUUAUAAGUAUGUAAGUACAUAUACUCGGUGUAUACGGUGAUAUUUUUAUUUACCUAUGUUAUAAAUAAUAAUAAUAAUAUCCCACCAUGAUAAAAGGACAUUAUAAUAUCUCCACUAUACUUACAUAAUGAUGUCGAUUUUGUCAUGAUUCUCUAAACCUAAACUUAAAUUUGCCAACCGUGUAUUCUUGUUAUUCUCCUUAAAGAAUGAAAAGGAGAGACCGAUGUCAAAUUUCGUUUUAAGUUUAGAGAAUCAUGCCAGAAUCGACAUCACUAUGUUAUUAUUUUCAUUACUUGUUACUUAUGGUUUUUUAUGUUGUUAUUGCAACAAUGUUUUUUUUUUCAACAUGCUAUGUUAAUUCUCUUAAAAUUAUUAGAAUACAAUAAUGACAUUACAUUAGCUAAAUACCAACUGACACGUAUAUCUCAACAAAUUAAAGUUAUCUAUAAUUAUACAUGUAUAAUUAUUUUAAUUAAAAUGACUAGGUAUUUCAUGCUUAAAAAAACGUUUGAUGCUCUAUGGCACUUGAAAUGUAAAAUUGAUCAUUUUGUAUAAUUUAUUGAAUGUGAAUGUUGCAAACAAAUAUGUUUUUAAUACUUUAAUGUUGAAAGUGGAAUUGAAGAUGAUUUUUCGAUUGUCCAUCAUUCAAAUAUUAUUCUCAUAAUUAACUCCAGUAGAAUUAAGAUUAUGAUGAUACGCAAUUUUGUCCUGCCGGCACUUCACCUGGCUAGCUAUUCGUGUUUGCUAUCUAUCUGUCCUUUUCAUUUCUAAAUAUCAUAGCCUAUUAACACGACUCUGCUCCAACACCGCUCUCACUCAAAACCCUAAACUACGCGACUACUCUUAGUCCACUCGGCGACAGACAACAGACACCCAGCUGUCCACGUGUCGAACGCUAAUUGUCAGCGAAUUGCUUAGUAGAUAUUGCGAGAAUGACCUACUUAGCGAAUUGCUUAGUAGAUAUUGCGAGAAUGACGCGUGGACGCUGCGCAGACCGCUUGCUUUCAACGCGUGUAGGGUUAACAUUUAGGAAUUUCAAAGACGUUUCGAAAAAAGUCCGGACUUUUAGUCACAAAAUGGUACCAUUACUCACUUAGUUACAAUGGUAUUUAAAUCAAUAUGCACAUUUUAUAAUUAAUAUACAAUGUAAUUUAAAAAUCCGGACUAAUCCGGACGGAUGGUAACCCUAAAACGCGUGGUAAGCGAGGCGUCAACUACCGAGCUAUCUGAAGGCGGUAGGCUCACUGAGAGCGAGCUGUUUGCUAAUUUAUGUUGCCAAUGUAAAGUAUAUCUAAAGACCAAUAUUUAAAGCCCAUAUUUGUAUGUUAUUUAUAUUUAUUUUAUAUUAUAUUCUUUAAGUCGGGUGGGAGCGGAGUCCUGAAAGUGGGUUAAGACCUUUGUAGAGCAUAAUAAGGACAUACUGUUGUCUAGUUUAAAAAUAGCAAACACGAAUAGUCAAGUGAUGUACCGGCAUAAGUCAAUAACAGUGUUGUUGCGUAUCGCUCUCUGUCGAUAUAAAAUAGGUUCCACUCGACAUAGAUUCAACAUUUUACUCGUAUCUAGAAAAUGUAAAAGAACUCGAUCUCACCACAGCCAAAAUUUAAAAUAGAUAUUUUUCCAUAUAAGUAAUUUUUAUUAUUAUUUUUAUCGUUAUUAUACCUUCCUACUUAGUUCUCUGUGACUUCGUAACAAUACGAAUUUAGUAUUCUUGCUAAUAUUAUAGUAAGAACUAUUUGUUCUUUGGAAGGGAAAAUGUUCGUUCACAAUAAUUACUUAUUACCUAUAGGUCUCCGUAAGAAAAUGAAAAAAAAAUCUUUGUAAAUUUUACUUACCUACUUUUGUUUUUCAAAAAAAUACACAAACAUUUAUAGAUUCAGCUGUCUCAGUAAUACCAUGUUUGUUAUCAAGUUGUUAUUACCGUCCUAUUUGGGUAAAAAGUAGCGUUAUUUUAUUAUAGUUCACUGAUGUAAAUCCUAGAAAAAAUUGUCACACAUAUUAUGUGAAAACGUAGUAAUAACGUAUUAAGGUCACAUGAUUUUUUUUUGUGAACAAUUCUCCGUUGUGAAUGUUUUUCCAUGUCUUGUUGUUUAAUUUUACAAUUGAGUUGCAAAACGAAGACACAUAGACAUCUACUGUGUCCUUAAUUACUGUUUGCUAUGGUAGUCUUACUUAAUUAAUAAUAAACAAAGUGCCAAAACAUGCACAGAAAAUAACGCAAACAUGUGUUUAUUUGCAAUCUUUGUUAUUUUUUUUUUGUUCUCAUAACAUAUAAUAUUCAUAAUUUUUAUAACAAUAAAUAAAAGCAAAACGUUAUCUGAACAUGUAUAUUUUUUUAGAAAAUAUUGUAGCAGUCUCGGAGAAGGGAAGAUACUAAAUAGAAAAAUAUAGUUGAAAUCACUUUAAUAAUGAUAAUGCUAUUUUGAAAAAUCCUAUCUAUAAAACUUAUCACACACUUGUGUGAUGAAGCUUUGGUUGGCUUUUGUACUAAAAUUCACUAAAGUCGCGUUCGAACUUUGAAACUAAUUUAUAACGCAUUUAUUCCCAAAAUCACCCGAAGCUUCGUGGCGCAGGUGUGGGAGAAGCAUGAGUAAUAAUCUUAAAUUAGUGAUGUUGUGCGAAUCCGGAUGUUUGAUAUCCAAUUCGGAUUCAGGUUUUUUUUAAUGGCCGGUGCAUUUGAUUUUGUGCAUAAUAUCCUGCUGCUUCUGCGCCGCCGCUGCCGCCGCCUAACUACCCGUAGUUAUUUUUCUUCUCUUUUUAUCGGAUUUCAAAUUUCUUUAGACCGAUCAAUAAUAUUAAGGUCACACUCGGAGAAGACAAUCGAGAUAAUGGCAAGUUUUUAGAUUUUAUGCUGUUGAAGCUUGUUAGGCCCACCAUUUUAAAGUAAUUUUUCAAUACUGUUGUUUUUUAUAAGCAUUCUACGUUACAAACCGGAAACACCGCUUAGGUUGGUAAAUACAUCAUAUCUGCACACAGACUGCCAAAUUGCAGUUCAGAUGCAGAUUUAGGCUUAGAUUAAAACAAAAAGGGUAGAUACGGUACGCUCAUACUUGCAUCAAACAAAAACUGAUCCCACAGCAGCGCGAACGGGACGGCGAGAUCCGCGUCACUGCAUUACCGACCUGAGCGAAACAGCACGUUAAGUUUCAACGGCAGCCAGGCGCGGUCCGAAGGGGGGGGUCACAGGGGACAUGACCC